UUCCCCGUGAUCCCACAAGCUUGACAUUAUGGCUGCAUCAACCAGCUGCGCCGCGCUCUGUUUCUUCCUCUUCCUCCUUCCUCUCUCCAUUAACGCCGCCACCUUCCAGAUCGUCAACAGCUGUUCCUUCACCGUCUGGGCCGCAUGGGCCACCACCGGCCCCCGAGCCGGCGGAGGUAACCAGCUCAACCCGGGUCAGUCCUGGACCAUCAACAUCAACGCCGGCGCCACUGGCGGCCGCAUAUGGGCCCGCACUGGGUGCUCCUCCGACGGCAGAAACUGUCAGACCGGCGACUGCGGGACGCUGCAGUGCCAGGGCUACGGCCGGCCCCCCAACACCCUCGCCGAGUUCGCCCUCAACCAGUUCCAAAACCUCGACUUCUUCGACAUCUCCCUCGUGGACGGCUACAACGUGGGGAUGGACUUCAGCCCCACCACCGGCGGGUGCCGCGGGAUCCGGUGCUCCGCCAACAUCGUGGGGGAGUGCCCGGCGCAGCUGAGGGCGCCCGGAGGCUGCAACAACCCCUGCACCGUCUUCGGGACGCCGCAGUACUGCUGCACCAGUGGGCCCUGCGAUCCCACAGAUUUGUCAAGGUUCUUUAAGGCGCGGUGCCCGGACGCCUACAGCUACCCGCAGGACGAUCGAACUAGCAUCGUCGUCUUCACCUGCCCUGGCGGCACCAACUACAGAGUCACUUUCUGCCCUGGUGGCAAUCUACCAUCCGAUCAACUCGGCUAUGCGGGCAAGUCACUUUCUGCGACGUGAUGCAUGAGAUCAUAUAUCUCUCUAUAUAUAAUAAAUACUACAAGACAAUAAGAUUUACAAGGAUCUACAUCGAAACCUUUCUAUACUCAUAGAAAAGAAAACAGUGUGCGCUAGAUUACCAGCGUGAGGUGGAUCUGUUCACGCCUGUACCUGCUAUCCAUCAAUAAAUAUAAUUAUUAUAUUA